AUGAUUGAUUUAUUUCUGUCUCUCUCUCUCUCUCUCUCUCUCUCUCUCUCUCUCUCUCUCUCAUCCGUAUCUUCUUUUAAUCCCCACGCAUCAGGAAUCGGCGUAAAGAAAGGGGGCGCUGCAAAGAUAGAGAGAUUUCACAUCUAUCUGUCAAUCUAUCUAUCUAUCUAUCUAUCUAUCUAUCUUAUCUGUUCUUUAAUGUCUAUCUAUCUAUCUAUCUAUCUAUCUAUCUAUCUAUCUAUCUAUCUAUCUUAUCUGUUCUUUAAUAUCUAUCUAUCUAUCUAUCUAUCUAUCUAUCUAUCUAUCAAUCAUUCUUUCUUACGUUCGUUCUUUCUUUUUUACGUUCGUUCUUUCGGACACUCUCUGUCUGUCUGUCUGUCUCUCACUCUCUCUCUCUCUCUCUCUCUCUCUCUCCAGUUCGUCUCUUCUGUUAAUGUAACAAUCGCAAUGGUGUGUUCUGACAAUUUCUUGAAUCGACCAAAAUUACACUCAACCUGUUCAUAUCUAUCUAUCUAUCUAUCUUGA